AAAGGGGGUUAUUUAGAUAUCAGCAGGUCAGGUAGCGUAUAAGCAGUAAUACUAAUUCUAGAAGAUGGCCAACGCAGGCUUACAAAUUUUAGGAUAUUUCAUAGCUUGUCUAGGUUGGGUUGGGUUUAUAGUGGCUACUGCUAUUCCUCAAUGGAAAAUGUCCUCCUUCACUGGAGGUGCCAUUAUCACUGCUCAGGCGACCUAUGAAGGCCUCUGGAUGUCGUGUGUCAUGCAGAGCACUGGACAGAUGCAGUGCAAGACCUAUGACUCGCUGCUGCAGUUGGACAGAACUUUGCAGGCCACUCGAGCAUUGAUGGUUUGUGGGAUCCUCGCGGGGUUCUUCGCAGUGUGCAUUGCUGCAGUGGGGAUGAAAUGCCUGACGUGCCUUCAAGAUGAUGAAGUGAAAAAGGCUAAAGUUGCAGUAGUGGGUGGAAUCAUCUUCAUUAUUGCUGGUCUUUGUGUGCUGAUAGCAACAGCCUGGUAUGGACACAGAAUUGCCCAAGACUUUUACAGUAUAAUAACUCCCACCAAUGCCAAGUAUGAGUUUGGUCCAUCUCUGUUUAUUGGGUGGGCUGCUGCUGCUUUGGCAAUCAUCGGUGGUGCCCUGUUGUGCUGCUCUUGUCCUAAGAAAGAGGUAUCCUACCCACCACCCAGAAGCUAUAACAAGAAUGCACCCUCUGCAGGAAAAGACUAUGUGUAACGAGGAAGAAUAUUGAGGAAAAUCACUGCCACUCAAGACUCUUAGCCGCUUGCCACUAUGACAAUGGGCUCUGUACCCCAUUACCCCCUAUACUGCAUAGAUGCCCACAACACAAUGAAUUGGUUUGACCUUUUAUAGUGACAACACAAGUGGCCUCUAAUAUUAGAGGAAAUCAAAGGCAGUGAUUCGUUUAAAUAGCUGGUCUUGAACAAAAAUCUAAUUUCAACAAUAAACAUUUAUAGGAACUAUUUGUAAUUGGGAAAGGGAAUAUAUGUGUGUUUAUCUGUGUGCGCACCAAGAAAGAACUUCCACAUAUACUGUGUGAGAAGUGUAUUAAAUACAGAUGCAUCCCAGUAUUGAUAUAUUGCUCUAAAUUCCUAUUACAUCAAACUCUGGGACUCGGUUUACAAACAAUAGGCCUACAGACGAUUAUUAUUUACACCCUUUAGUUAGACUUUACUAAUGAGAAAAAAUAUUAAAAUGAAAAGAUUUCCAAGCCGUGAUGGCAUCACAUUGUUCGGUAACAAAAAAUGUAUGAUUUACAAGCUGUGCAUGUCUUAUGUUUAAAACAAAGUGUUUUGCUAGCUGUAAAGUAUUGACAAAUUGCCUCAUAACGUUUUACAGUAUAAAUGUUAGCAAAGCUGGCAGACACUUUAAAUGGUUAGCCAGACACAACAUAACGGCCACUUGUAAAUCUCCAUUGUUGUGAUUUUAACUCUAGGACACGAAAUCACUUACCAUAUGGAGCCGUUGUGACAAGAGUACCAGGUUGAAAAAAAAGAAGCCAAUAAUAAAUAUUUUUUGGGGUUUAAAAAUGGUAACCGAGAUUAACCAAAUUAUCUAUACCUAUAAUCUCUAUAAUAUAGGCAUUUUGUCCAUUCCUAUCAAUUUUAGUUUUUAAAUAAAUGUAAAAAAAAAAAUUCCUGGAAAUAUGUGGCUAAAAGAUGAAUCCACUCUACCUAAUGAUGUAAACAAAUUGAGAGCUAAUAUUUUAAUAAAAAAUAUUACUACUCUAACAAAGUACCAUAUACAAGUUUUAUAUUAAGGAAAAGACAAUCAUACUUUAUCUUUCAUUUAAGUGCAGUGUAAACUGAAAUAUUUAGUGCAUUGUAAAAUUGUCUAUUUUGCUUGGGUUUAUCGUGAAAUUUUGUCAGUUCCAACCUUUUUUUUUUCUAUAGCAGAGAAGAAAAGGAAUGAAUUUAAUGUGCAGAGUCGUUUUAGCUCACUGUACCUUGUCACUCUGUAUCGAACAGGUUUUUAUGGAUAUUUUUUAGAUGUAAUCUUUUUCAAUAAAUGAGAUUUUUACAAACA